AUGCUCGCAACGGCCCCCCGCCUCCAUGUCCGGCGUCCCUCGCCCACGACAGCCGAAUUCACAGUGACAACGCGCCCGCCGCCGACCCUCACAGUCCGCGUCCUCUCAGGACUCCUAUUCGCCCUACGAAUCCUACUCUUCUUCUCCUCGAUCCUACUCCUCCAAGCCGCCUUGUCGGAAUCACCUUACGCCGCGUCCCUCCUCUCCCCAUCAACGGCAAGAGCAAGGCCCGGGAUCGCCACGACCGAUAGCCCAGACACCCUCUUCUCGAGCGCGACACUCUGGCAGGUCCUCCUCUUUAUACACACCUCCGUACCAGGCCGCCUAGCGCACGCCAUCGCGGCGUCCCAUGCGAUACCCCUCCCCGUCCUGGUCCCGGGGUGCCUCCUUGCAGCGUACGCGACGCUGAAGCGCACGCAUACCACCGAGAGCCUGCUCGUGCUGCGCGGCUUGGGCAUCCAGACCAGUUCGACGAGCGGGAGCUACCUGUCGGCCGCCGCGACGCGCUUCAUACCCACGGAAAAGAUUCAGGACGUGCUCGUCAACGAGGCGUUUCGGGGCUUCGAGGUGCGGUACUAUCUGAUCGUCAUAGUCGAGGGGGAGGAAGACAUUGUCGUCGUGUUCCCGAGGAUACUGCCAAAGAAGAAGAUUGUCGAGACGGUGUGGAGGGGCGUGAGGGGGUGUCUUUGGGAGGCGGACGGUGGGAGUUAUCAUAGGAAGAUGGAUGAGAGGUGGCACAAUGGGGUGUAG